CUUUUUUUGGACAAAUCUGGUUGUCGAAUCAUGAAAUGUCAUGCAGGCAGCAUCUGAAGAGGGCUACCCUUCCAUCUACCGCCUUUCGGUUAAGGCAAUCAUUCACAGUGCUAACAUAUUUGGAAGAUGGAAAAAUAUGUACUUUCGGCUUUGAUUUUCUUAAUUAUACCACUUUUAAUUCGCCCUAUCCUUGCUAGUGAAGAUCCUCUCUCUACCUAUUGUCGCCCAGAUUCCAGAACUUACACACCCAACAGCCUAUUUGAAAACCAUCUCAAGCUCCUUCUUGAGUACUCAUUGCCCUCCAAUACUUCGGUAACAGGUUUCUACGAAAACUCUACUGUGGAGGACCCAAAAGUCUACGGUCAAGCACUUUGUAGAGGGGAUGUCAACUCGACAGUUUGCCGGGAUUGCAUAAAGAAUGCAAGCCAAGAAAUCUUGAAGCAGUGUAAAAGUGAAGAGGCAACGAUUUGGUUUGAACUUUGUCAAGUUCGCUACUCCGGGCAGAGUUUCUCUCCCUUGAUGGUUUAUUUUGGAAAGUAUGCAGAGCACGAUUAUCUGGAGAAAAAUCUAUCAUUUAAUCCAGUUCAUUUUGAUCAAGUAUUAACGUACUUAAUGAAGAACAUCUCAAGUGAGGCUGCGUUUGAUCCUUUGAAACGCAUGUUUGCAACUGGGGAAAUUAAAUUUUCGAGGAAGGAAACAAUUUAUGGUCUUGUACAAUGUACUAGGGACAUCUCUAAUACUUCUUGUCAUAGUUGUCUGGUGCAGGCCUUGGGAGAUCUUCAUACAUGCUGCGAUUCACGCCAAGGUGGAAUCAUUGUUAGUGUGAAUUGUAAUGUGAGGUUUGAGCUACACCCAUUCUACAACGCCUCAAGUGUGCUCUUAACCUACCCAACAGGGCCUAAAUUGAAGACUUGGAUGAUGGUAGUGGUGGUUACGUGUAUCCCAAUAUCGGUUCUAGCAGUUCUUGUUGGGUCUUUUGCUGUUUAUAAUGGGAGGAAGAAGAGAACACAAAGAGUUGCCAUUACACAAGAUGGUGAAUUCGUGAGCGCUGAAGGACUGUCCUUCAUGGAUCUAUCGACAAUAUUAGCAGCUACAGACGACUUUUCAGAUUCAAAUAAGCUCGGAAAAGGUAGCUUUGGCACUGUCUACAAGGGUGUGCUGCCAGAUGGUAGGGAAGUAGCAGUCAAAAGGCUGUCAAGGAAGUCAUGGCAGGGCUUAGAGGAACUUAAAAACGAGGUCAUACUUAUUGCAAAACUUCAACACAGAAACCUUGUGAAGCUUUUGGGAUGUGGCAUAAAGGGAGAGGAAAAGCUGCUUGUCUAUGAAUUCAUGCCUAAUAGAAGCCUUGACUUCUUUAUCUUCGAGUCAGAAAAACGUAGUCAGCUUGAUUGGAAGACAUACUAUAACAUCAUUACUGGUAUUGCUAGAGGACUUCUUUAUCUUCACGAAGAUUCCCGUCUUAAAAUCAUUCACCGGGAUUUAAAGCCCAGCAAUGUAUUGUUGGACCAUGAAAUGGUUGCAAAAAUUUCAGAUUUUGGCAUGGCAAGAAUCUUUGGUGAAAACCAAUACUCAGCUAACACUCGAAGAGUUGUUGGAACAUAUGGAUACAUGGCUCCCGAAUAUGCAAUGGAAGGACUAUUUUCUGUAAAAUCUGAUGUCUUCAGCUUUGGCGUGAUAUUACUUGAGAUUAUUAGUGGGAAGAAAAAUAGCAGAUUCUACCUCACAGAGCAUGCGCAGACACUCCUUGCAUAUGCAUGGAGACUAUGGAAUGAAGGAAAAGAGUUGGAAUUUGUAGACCCUUCAUUGAUGGAAUCAUGCUUGACUACAGAAGUUGUAAAAUGCAUGCAUAUCGGGCUUUUGUGUGUGCAAGAGGAUCCAACAGAUAGACCCACAAUCUCAUCUGUCCUACUUUUCUUGGGAAACGAAUCACUAUCUCUUCCUUCGCCGAAACAACCUGUAUUUGUUGUGGCUCGAGUCAUUCAGACUGAUCAAAUUCUCACAACAAAUCCUUCUGUAAAUCAGCUUACUGUUUCCAGUCCUUCACCUCGAUGACUAUUGAUCACAAGAUUACCCCCCUCCGUCUUAUAUAUCACACUAAGAAACUUAAAUUUUAUCAUAAUUCUUGUAAAAUGGGAAAUGGUUCAUGUUAUAUGUUA